AUGACGUCCCCUGUACAUGUCGACACCAGCGAGAAGGCUGACCCAAAUCUCCUGGCUCCCGACGCAGCCACCCUCAGUCACUAUUCAGACUCGAGGGAAAAUGCGAACCGACUUAUGGACGAUCUUGAAUUGCUGCGUGUCGAACGUCAGGUCAGCAACGCGGAGAAGGAAAAGGAAAAUGCCUCCAGACGCCGGUCAAGAUCGCAACAACACCAUCCCCAUGACAGGCACAAGCCUGAAGCCCCGCCAGAGGACGCCUUUCACACCCUGACCGAACCUACCCAACUACCCCAGAUCUCAGCAGGACCAGAACCGACGGCCUUGGGCAAGCUGUUUAAGAAACUUAGAAGGUUUCCCAGAGUAGUGCGCUACUUCGUCUAUGCUAUACCAGUGGCAGUCGUUCUCCUGACUCCAAUCUUACUGGAUAUUUAUGCAUUCACAGGGAGCGACAACCCCGUGGGUGGCCCAGGCGGCCUGAGGCUCCUCUGGUUCGGAAUCUGGCUCGAGAUCGUAUGGUGCAGUCUCUGGGCGAGCCGGAUUUUGGUUUCGAUGCUACCGUUCUUACACGGCCUCGCGGCAAAGAUGGUCGGCUCCAGCAACCACAAGAAAUGGAAGGACAUCGGCAGACAAAUGGAAAUGCCAAGCGCCGGUUUCCUAUGGAUGUUGGGUUUGAUUGCCUCGUUCAAGCCUAUCACGGAUGAUCAUCGGAACCCAGGGGGAAACUGGUCUGACGAUGGGGAUCCGCCUUACAUUACCUGGAUCGAUAUUGUCUGGAAAGUCAUUAUUGCACUUUUCGUUCUCGCUGCUAGUAACUGGGCGGAAAAGAUUUUGAUCCAGUGGGUUGCGACGUCCUUCCAUUCCAGGACAUAUGCGUCUCGAAUCGAGCAGAACAGACUGGAGAUCAACUUCUUGGUCCGACUUUACGAGUUCAGCAAGGAAAAGCUGGCUCACGACGACCCGGUCUGGAUGGACUCCAACGGCGGUCCUUCCGGCUCCAAGACCCCCAUGAAAAUGGUCCAGGACAAUGCACGGCAAGCCUGGACUCAGAUAGGCAAGGUUGCUGGCAAAAUGGCUGGAGACUUUACAGGCCGUAAGGUUAUGGCAGCUGGUCACCCCAAGAAGGUCGUUUUGGAGUUGCUUCGCAACCAGCACAGCAGCCACACAUUGGCACGGCUGAUUUAUCGAACUUUUGUCCGCCCUGGCGAGGAGACAAUCACGCUCGACGACCUCAAGCAGGCAUUUUCCUCAGCAGAGGACGCCGAAACUUGCUUCGGAGUCUUCGACAAAGAUCUCAACGGCGACAUCUCCAUGGAAGAGCUCGAGCUCGUCUGCAACGAGAUUCACCUCGAGAAAAAAGCCAUCGCCGCCUCGCUGAAGGAUCUGGACUCGGUGAUCAAGAAACUUGAUACGGUCUUCCUGUUCAUCAUCUUCAUCAUCGCAGUCAUCGUCUUCAUCUCCAUCCUUUCAGGCUCGGCGGCUGCUGCUCUCGGCACUAGUGGUACCACCAUCCUCGGUCUGAGUUGGAUGCUCCAGGCAACGGCUCAGGAAUUCUUGCAGUCAAUCAUCUUCGUCUUUGUUAAACACCCCUUUGACGUAGGCGAUCGAGUCACCGUAUACGGCAACACAGGGUCACUCGGUACUGGUGAUGAUUACUACGUGCAAGAAAUCAGUUUGCUGUACACUGAGUUCAAGAAGAUGGAAGGCCAUAUUGUACAAGCACCCAACUCUCUGCUCAACACGCUCUUCAUCCUCAACCAGCGCCGCUCCAGUGGAUUGGCCGACCCCAUCGAGCUCAAGCUGAAGUUUGGUACAUCGGCAGAGCUCAUUGAGGAACUCAAGAACCGCAUGCUCGACUUUAUUCUCGAGAACAAGCGCGACUACCAGUCAAAGAUCAUAAGCGAGGUCCGCACCAUUGACGAGGUUUACUCGGUGACCCUGAACUUCAUUUUCUUCCACAAGUCCAACUACCAAAACGAGCUGCUCCGACUUCAGCGCCACAACAAGUUUGCUGCGGAGUUGAUGCGCAUCAUGACCGACUUGGGAAUAGAAGGACCAAGGAAGAUGGAGCCGGGCGGAGCCCAAAACUUCCCUUUCUACCUCGCUUACCCGCCCGCUCCCAGCGAGAGCGCGCCGAAGGAGAAUGCCAUCAGGGACCAGCGCAGCGGUAGUCUCCGGACAGGGCCCGGCAGCGUCCACCGCGACGACGCAUCAUUACGUCCAACAAGCCCACCCAGCCCUGACGUGCGACGACGUAGGGCGGAGUCGCAAGCCCGAGCACAAUUUGACCGCUUUCCGGACUUCGGCGAUGUCUUUGAGGGCCGCAAAGACCCUGCUGCUGCCAACCUGGCCCGCCUGCAAAGCCUGAGGGAGGAAGCCGCUAGUGUUAGCCAGUCCUCGGGCGUCGAUCGGUUUGGACGGGGCCCAAGUCUGGACAGGGCCGAUUACGACGGGAAGCGCUGGUUCUUCACCUACGGGCCCACGGGCCAGUCACAGUUCCAGUUCCCGCGGCCGGGCGACGAAUUCCCGGAAUUCUGCUGCGCGGGUGCCGCCUUUCUCCCUGCGGUGGAGCUGAUGCCCGAGGAGAGGCUGGAGAGCGAGAGGCAGGUCCGCAGGCUGUUGAAUGCCAGCGGGUCCAGGGCCGCAGGGAGCCCGGGGGAGGGUGUGGACGGGACUGGAGAGUCGACUGGCGAGCCAGCAUCCGUGCCACUUGUGACUCGAGAGGAACAUUCUCAAAGCAACGAGCCACCAUACCAGGCGGUGGACACAACUGCGCCUACACCGAUCAUGAGCGAACCGGUUCUGGCGGUCGUCGAAACCACAGCUGCUGCUCCGUCACUCGGCCACCAAGGCCAACGCCCGUCCCCUGCCGCAACGCAUUCAUCAUCUCCCGAACUACCGAUGUUAGAUGGCCGGGCGGUCGACUCGGCACAUUCGUCUCUGCUCGCUCUCUCUAUUGGGGAUGUUCCGGAGCUCUACAGCGAAUCGACAGCCCUGUGUGAAGACGAGAUCAACCCGCCACCCGUGGAGCUUCCUGUUAACGAAGGAGGCUGGAAUGGGCAAAUCACAAUUUCGACUUUUGUGAUUCAGGAUCCUGUCGAGCUCCCGGCGUGCGAAGCACCUGGAGCCAGAUUGGGCGAAGGAAACCGUGCCGUUGGGCUCGGGUCGAAAUCCCAUUCGCCGGUGACCUUGACCGGUGAUUCUGCGGCCCAUUCGAACGCUGGGCGGGGAGAGGCCAAAGAAAAGAGCCGUGGCCAUGACCGUGCUGGCUUGCCUUCCCAAGCUUCGAGGAUGUCUUCCAAGACAACACUUGAUGAGACCUCGCUCCGCGAUAGUGUGAACCCUAAGCCGGAUGAAGAGCCUUCACCCGAGGACUCUGUCCAGCCAGUCGAGAAGUUCGGAACAGAACGAAGGGACCUGUCGCAUUGCCCGUCCAUCCUUCGGCCAGGCCCACGGCGCUCCGGCCAGCUACCGCUUCAACAACAGCCGCGGGCGGUGGCGCCAGCUCCUGUCACGAGCACGUCUCACGCUGCCCGUGUCCGGCUCCACCAGCAACAGGAGCAGCAGCAAAAGGAAAAGGUUGAAGCAGGUCCAGCGUCCCAAGAACAACCUGCCAGGAUGCCCGCCAUGCCGCCUGCACUUCACCCACACGAGGUGCCAGCGCCUGCCUCCACAGAAAGCCACGAAGCACCCCGUCCUGGCGACCUGAGAAAGAAUCGCCUGCCUAGUUCAGUCAACUUCGUGAUUCCCAUAACACAUCUUAAACGUCGAACCCAGCUCCGCAUCAAGCAUUUCUAA